AUGAUCAAUGCUUUUGACCGUCCUGGUCACACCUUCAUUCCUCGACAGUCGCCCCUGGAGUUCCAAGUAGAUCCGUCAUCAUGCUCUCUUAUGGGUCCAACAGCAAUUGUUGUCCAGCUAUUCAUGGGCGCGCUGGUUCUUCUCUCCCUCGUAUACAAGCGACAACGAGAGCGACCGAUGCGGGCAUGGCGGAUAUGGGCAUUUGAUGUGGGGAAGCAAGUCAUUGGGCAAGCAACCGUCCACGUCACCAACAUCAUCAUUUCCUGGAUCGGUGCAAGCAAUGGCACCGAAACAAAUGCAUGUUCAUGGUAUCUAGUAAAUAUUUUGGUAGAUACGACUAUCGGUGUCGGUCUGAUCUAUGUGGCCCUGCACGGCCUCACGAAUGUUCUCUCCGAACGACUCCGGAUACCCGGGCUCGUAUCGGGAGAGUAUGGAAACCCACCUCAAUGGUCCUUCUUUUUCCGGCAGCUCGUCGUCUAUCUCUUCUCGCUCGCGUUUAUGAAAGUGAUCGUGCUCGGCCUGUUCGCCCUCGUACCCGAAAUCAUGCGUCUCGGGGACUGGAUGCUCGAGUGGACCGCCUCGAACUGGGCCUUACAAGUUAUCCUCGUUAUGGGAAUCGUUCCGAUAACCAUGAAUGUCAUCCAAUUCUGGCUUAUCGACAGCAUCGUUAUGAGCAAAAUUAUCCCGUUCGCAUCUAAUCCCGUACCGGUGACGGACGACUUGCACGAGCCGUUGAUGUACGACGAUGUACCGGAGAGAGACUUUGAUGAUGAGGGAGCUACGUUAACCGGAAAGAGGAUCUUGGACGAUCUUGAAGCUCAGCGCGGGAAUGGGAAUGAAGGGAAGGUUCGCGCACCGACGACGACUCGGUCUCCGCCGCCGACAGACAGGCGCAGCUCGAGCACAACUGAGUCCUACAAUCUCCGACCUAUAUCGAGGGAGAAUAGUAACCACGCAGGGUCGAGCACGAACGCUGGCUUUAAGGUGCCAAAGCUGCACUUGACGAAGCCGAGUGGGGAUUGGCAGACGAAGGGAAACGCGGAUUGGGAGUGGAACGCGCAGGAUGAGUGGGGGGAAGAUCCAUUCGAUGGGGAAGCGCAGGGGAGCAAAGAUGUGAAGGCGAACGGGUUGGGCAAGAAGGGAGCGGCGGCCGUGCAGGAUACGGACGACGCUGCGGAUGAUGCUUGGGAGAGCAUGGAUGGGCUAGAUGGACCCAAAGCACGGUAG